AUGGAAAGUGUCCCCAAGGAAUGCAAAGAAGGUGAGCAGGCUCCAGUGCAGAAUGAAGAAGAAGCCCGCCCCUUGGCAGGUGGUGAAGUCCAGGAGCCUGAAGGAAACAUUAGAGAGGGUGGGGCUCCACCUGCCCAGGAUGUUAGAGAGGAUGUGCCCAAUGGGCUUGCCAAUAACCUUGAUAUGGUAGAUGGAGAUGCAGAUGAUAUGGAACGGUUCAUGGAGGAGAUGAGAGAGCUAAGGAGGAAAAUUAGAGAGCUUCAGUUGAGGUACAGUCUGCGCAUUCUCAUAGGCGAUCCCCCUCACCAUGACCAUCAUGAUGAGUUUUGCCUUAUGCCCUGA